AUGUAACAUACACAUACUUCUAAAACAACUACUGUAGAAAUAGAAAAUUAAUUAAAUUAAAAUGGAAUAGAAUAAAUUCCUUUAAGAUAUGGCGAUUUAAUAUCAAUAAAUACUUCGAGAUUUCCUUUAUAAUUUAUAAUUUCAGAUGGUUUUAUAAAAACAAAAGUAUACGUAAAAAACUUAGAUUAUGAUGGAAACAGAUAAUUAUUUGACCGAUGUAUAUUUAGGGUUUACCCUGCAUUUAAUCAGCCUUACCAAAAUCUGCUUUUGAAGAAUUUUUAAUUAUUUAAUAAUUAAAUAUCGGAAAAUUAUAAAAAUUAAGAAAAAUAGAGUGCCUUUUUAAACGAAUUAUAAAAUUAUAUAUUGCAAGAAUAUAAGACUAAUUUGGAAAUAUUCUAAAAAAUAAAAGGAUAAGAAGUGACUUUUAAUUAAGAUAUUUAAUUUCUUCAUUUGGCCUCAAAUAAGUUUUUAGUAUGUAAUUAUGAGGAAGCUGAUAUUGAAGAGUAAAAUUUUAAAUUAGAACUAUAGUAAUUUUCCUCAAAAUUUUCAAGGUUUUAAAUUAAAAAUUCAUUUUCAUAUUAAAUUAGAAAUAGUGGUAUUGUUUAUUAUAAUGAUGUCGUAUAUAUUGUUUGUUCUAAUAAAUAUUUAGGAAGAAUUCCUUAUGUCAAUUGUAUUAAAUCGGUAAAAAAGCAAGAAAUAAAAAAUUAAACAUAAAUUACUUAAUCUUAAUAAUAAGAUGUUGUUUAAUAUUCAUUAUAAAUUAACUAAGAGCAUUAAUAAUAAUAAAUUUCUUAAAGUAUAGAUUUUUUAAAAAAGCCCUUGAAUAUUAAUAAAGAAAAUAUAGAAAUACGAAUAAAAUAAAAUAACUUGAAAAAUAUAAAUAGUAAGUGGUAUAUUAAUUAAAAAAAUAGUGAAAAUUAAGAAGUUAGUGUUUCAGUUGAACAAAAAACAAAAUGGAAAAUUUUUUAUUUUUCAAGUUUUAUUGAAUAUGAUUAUAUUUUAUAAUAUGGGGAUAUUAUUUGGAUUCAUCAUAUAGAAAACGCAAGUACUAUUGAAGUAAAAAAGUAAUAAAAUAAUGGAUAAAUAUAUAUUGUUAUUCAAGGUCAUGUUUAAAAAGAACUAUUCUAUAAAUAUGAAGGGAAUACUAAUGCAAUGUGGGUUAUUUAAAAUGAAGAAUUUACAAAAGGAGGCCCUAUUCAUUGGGAAGAUAAUUUCUAUUUAAGAAAUAUUUCAUCAGGAAAAUAUUUAUCACUUUCUUGUUUAGAUAAAGGUGGGAGGAUUGAAGGGUAAUUAUAAAUUAAAGACUAUCCGUGUAAAAGUUCUCUUUUUUAAUUUACUUAAAUCGGAUUUUAAUAGACUGAAAAUAAUUAAUAGAAAUAUAUAAAUAAAGAUUCAAUAUUUUAUAUAAAAGCUGUUUAAAUUAAUGGGUGGAUACAUAUAAAUGAUAAAUUAAAGAAUUUUUUAGAAAAUGAAAGAAAAGAUGAUGAAUUUUAAGUAGAAAUCAAUAAUUUACGCGUAGAAAUAAUUGAAUAAUAACCAUUAGAUGACGAUGCGUUUAGGAUUUAUAAAGCAUCAAUUACAGAAGUAUAAGAAACGAAUUUUUUAAUUUCUUGUUUUCCUAUAAUAAAAGAAUAAAUAGAAAUAUUGAAAGAUUUAUAAUAAAUAUAAGAAAAAAAUAACAAUAAUAUUGAAAUAUUAAUUAAUGAAAUAUAAGAAAACGAUAUUUAAAAUAAAUUAAAUAUAUUAAAAAAAUGUUUAGUAGAUAUAAACAAGUUUUGUUUAAAUUAAUUGAUUAAUACUUCAAUAGAAAAUUAAAUGCUUAAUUAUGGAAAAAUUAAUUAAAAUAGGCAAAAACUACUUGCAGAAUAAUACUAUAUAAUAUUAAUUAGUGAUUUAUUAUAAUCUAUUUUAAAUGAAAAAGAACUUUUAUAAAUAUAAAACCUAUUUAAAUAUGAAAAAAAGAAUAAAUUUAUCUAAAAAAUAAAAAACUGUUUAAAAAAAUAAAAAGACUAUAUUAUAGAUAUAAAAAAACUGGAAAAUACACUCGCCACAAAAGCUAAAUACUGCGAAUAUACAGGAGAUAAUCUUGAAGGAAAUUUUAAUAUUUUUAACAUUCUUUUGUAUCAAAAAAAUAAUUAAAAGAAAGUUUAUUAAACAUUUUUGCGUGAAAAAUAUUAAGUCGCAUAAGCUUGUUAUAAAUUAAUGACUAAUAUAUGUAAGAAUAAUAGCGAAAACGAGAAGUAUUUCUAUAAUUAUAAGAUUAAUUAGUUAAAAUAUUAAGCAAAAUAUAUAAAAGAAGCGAUGUAUUGUAUUAUUUCUGUAAUUAAAAAGAACGAAUUUAUACUGAAUAAUAUGGCAGAUGAUAUAAAUGUUGCAUAAAGGAAAGUUUGUUCAAGGGAAUUUUCGUCUCAUUUGAAUAUUUUGAAUUAGAGUGAAGAGAUUUAGAGCAAAAAUAGCCAGCAAAAUACUUAUAUGUAAUUAGAAGGAAAUAACAUAUUAGUUUUUUUGAUAAAUUUAGUUGAAAAAAAUUAAAAUUAAUUACCAAGAAAUCCCCUUUUUAUUUAGUUUUUUAGGACUAUUUGUAAAUAUAAAGAUAAUGGAAUUUCUGCUAAUUAAGAGGUUAUUUAUAAAUUUAUCGAAAAUAGUCCUUUGUUUAAAAAGGCGCUUUUUUUGCCUAUUUAUAUAAAUGAAAAAGAUAAAUAUAUGUAUUUGUAAAUUUAAGAUAAAAACAAUAAUAAAUGUUAAAUAAUCAAAAUUGACGAAAAAAUGUUUGGAAAAGAUGUUAAUUUUAAGUAUGAUUUCACUUCAUUGUAUUUUAUUGAAUAGCUUAAACUUUGCUCAGAUUUAUGUCUUUCAAGAAAUUUUUUAUGGAACUCUUUUUUCGAAAAAUAGUUUCCUUUAGACUAUCUUAUUGAGUAAGUUUUUAAUUAAAAUAUGCAUGAUGAGCUCCGAAGUGCAUUCUGCUCGCUUAUUUUGACCAUUUAUAUUGAUCAUGAGCCUUUAAAUGAGAUAAUAAUGCCACAAAUGUGUAGAAUAUACGAUAUCUAAGAGGAUAAAAAGACCAUUGUAUAAAAUAAUAUCGAAAAAACUGAAUUAUUGUUAAAAAAAAGGUAGCCUUUUUAUGAAUUAAUAAUAAAAAAAGCGAAUGAAUAUGUUGACUAAUAAAUAUAGAGGAUAGAUGAGAAAUUUGAAAGGAUAUAAAAUUUAGAUCUCUAGCUUGUUUCGAAUUUUUAAGAUGAGAAUAUAUUCAACUAAAGUCUAAUUUUACAUAUAAUAAAAUUAAUGGUUUUUUUGAUAAAAUUUAACGUUUUAGGAUUACUUAAUAAAAGGGAAAUGUACGCAGUUUUAAUUCCAAAAAUAAUCCGUCUUCUUGAAUAUAACAAUGACAAUUUAGAAUUGAGUUGCUUUUUAAAAUAACAACGCAGUGUAUUUUUGGAAAAAAAAAAAAGUUUUAUAUUUAGAGGAAGUUCUUUUGUAUACAAGAGAGUUUCAGAGCUUUUCUAAUAAGGCUUUUUUGAAAAAAAAGAGAAAAAAGGAAACUUUUUUAUCGAAGAAAAUGUAGAAAGUGUAGAAUAUGAACAUAAUUAUGUAUAUAAGAACCCUUUAAUAGGCAGUUUAAUAAGUCUUCUCUAAAUAAUCAAAAUAGGGAAAUCUAAUGAACAAUAAGUGAAUUAGUAUAGUAAAAAAACUGAAAGUUUAUGUAAAUUGGAAUUAAUUAAGAUUUUAUAAUUUGUAUAGAAUUUAUAUAUGGAUUAUUUAAUUGCUAAUUUUAUUGCGUGGUUUGGAUAGAUGUCGAAGUAAAUUAAAAAAAACAAUUAAAUAUUUAAGGAAUAAAUAAAAAAUCUUUUAGUUUAAAAUAUUUAAGAGGAUUUAAGUACAGCACUCCCUGAUAUCAUGAAAACUGGAUUAUAGAGAAUAGAUGAGAAAUAUAUACCUUGGGAAUAAUCAAAAGAGAAAAAAUUAAGCUUUUUUAGUAAAAAUAAUAAAUCCAAUUAGUAGUUUUUAUAUAAAAAGAAAAAGUUUUAGGAUUAUACUGAGGAUGAUAAUGUGAAAAUUAAAGAUUUAAAUUGCCUACUUACAGGAGUUUGGGCUGAGAAUGGAUAAAAUUGUUCCUUUAUUUUAGGGUCUUUGCUAACUGGAUUUUAUUUAAGUACAGAUUCUUAGUUAUAGGAUUCUUUUUUGGAGAUUAUUGUGAGUUUAUAUUCACAAAAUUGCUGUUUGUUUAAGAAUUUAUAAAAACUUGAAGUACUUUAUGACGAGGCGGAUAUUAAAAUUUAUUAAGUAUAUAAAAAUCGCAUUUUUUCUUUAAGGACUUUAGCUGAAAAGUCAGAAAUAUGGUUAAGUACACUGCAUAAAUAAUUAAAAAAUUCGCAAAAAUAAACUGAAAUUCAAGAAAUUUAAGAAAUUUUGAGCCUUUUAUAUGAAAUAAAUAGUUUAUUUUUCGAAAACUCAAAAAUAAAUAAUUAAAAUCAAAUAAAACAUUCUCCUUUUUAUAAAGACUAUGCCCGAAAUCCCUAUUUAAAUAAAUUAAAAGAUUAAAUAUAUUAAAAAAUAGACUUAAAAAGGUAAAAAAUGUUUACUUUUUUAGAAGGACAUUUAACAGUGAUAAAUUUAAUUAAAAAUGCGUAAAAUUAAAUGGUUUAAUAUUUAAAAUAAAACGACGUUCUCUAAAAUUAGAAAAUUCAAAUUUUUUCACUUUUAAAAGGUCUAUAUUAAACUCUAAUUCAUUUUUCUAUAAACUCAGUUGAUAAUUAAAUACUACUUUCAAAAUUUAUACCAUUUUUUAUAGGAUGA